CACAUGUUUAUAUUUUCUUGCACAGUUUGUCGACAAAAACGCUCGUGCGCAUAAUCCUAUGUCCAUGGCUAAAAUGGAAACGAUGAAGACAGAAGCGUUUUUCCGAAAAGACAAUGUAAAAUGUUUCGCGUCUGGAUGUAACUCGAACAAGAAGAGUGAUUUGGAUACAACUUUUAUUCGUGUGCCGGUAGAUAUCGAAAGUCGUCGAAAAUGGGCAGAAACAGUCGGGAUGGCAAAUAAAACCACGAUUUGUAGUGCAGCAUCUAACAUUUGUUUCGGUAGUGAUCACUUUACUAUAAGUCCUAUAGAAGAAGACAGAGAAAAUAAGAUCAAAUUGAAACUAAUGGAUGGAAGACUUGCAUUGACGAAUGCUACAUUAUCACAGUCUUUGUUAAAUAGGAACAAGAUGACUGAAAUGGAACAAAUAGAUGUUUCAGAUAAUAGUGACUCAGUUGAUAGCAUGCAGUCAACAUACAGUCAACAAAAUCAUUCCGAAGAAAGAUCAUACUUAAAAAGAGUAAAUACUAUCUCAGAAGUGGGUGAUAAAUCAGUUAAAAGUCCAAGACUGGAACCUACAAAACUGGUAGAAAUGACACAAGAAGUGAAAGAGGGAGUUGAGGAAAAUCUCGCAAGUUUUGACAACAUGUUUUCCCCAGAAAUAAACGAUAAUUACUUUGGAACAGAUUUCAAUAACGACAUUGAUCCUUUCCAAGACCUUCCCGAUCCACUAGAAUCCAUAAAGAAGGAACCUGUAAAAGAAGGAGAACCCGUAGCAAUCAUUCCCAAUAAACUGUCACCUUACGAAACGUGCGCGCAGGCAAUCCAAAUUCUUCAGCCUAACUUGGCCGCUAACGAUGUUUCAAAAUUUACUAUACAAUUGAAGGAUACUGACAAACAAAAUGAGAUCGUGACUUCAGUUUCAAAAAAACAAAGACCUGUAGAUCAAAACUCUCAAGCAUUUCCACUCAUUAAUCAAAUAUCUAACGAAAUGAUUAUAAGUUUACCGACUCAUGGUCAAAAAGAACUAAAUCUUAUUAAUAUUUCCAAAGUGGUAAAGCUGAAGCAAGUUUUUCCAAGGAUCCUAAAGAAGACUUCAAAUUCUAUCUGCAGAACUAGGUAUCUCGAGGAGCUGAAUGAUGAAACGGUUUCAAAAAACAUGGGGACUCACUUCGAACAUUGUGAGAGAAAAGCGAAUUUUCACGACAGAGAGUCGCAGGUUGAGGAGGAGUUCUUUACGGAGGUGAAGGAACAGAACAUGAGUAUGGAGACUUUGACGAAUGUGAUGAUUCUAAGAAGUCCAUACCUCUACACAGGAUUAUAUGGAAACGUAUUUAGCAGUUUCCUCAAUACGUUGAUUCAGGGGUGUAACGAGUCUUGCAGGGACGUUUUGAUGACUUUAAUGAAGAUUCGGUUGGAUGAAUCUUUUCGAACACUCGAGGAUCUUUUCUGUUUUCACAAUGGUCAAGCCAGUAUAAUGUUCAAGAGGAUUGUAAUAAACUUAGCCUCCUUCCUCAAGAAGUUCUUUAUUCCAAUAGAAAAUCCAGACCAGAAAAUCAGACUCAUUCACAGGAAGAUUGAUUCAGUCAUAGACUACUUUUACGUCAGGACACAUGUUUCUGGAGAUUGGAGGCACGAAAAUUGCGAGAGUGUAAAGUUCCUUGUUUCUUGUACCAUCGAUGGAGUCAUCAAUUUCGUUUCACCUUGGUAUCCGAAAAACGAGAAAGAUCUCACCGUGCUGAGAAGCAGCGGAUAUAUAAAAAUUCUGGAGAAGGGAAUUACUGUGAUAGCCAACAGAAAGUUUAUUGGAAUUGAGAAAGUUUUGAGGGAAAAAAAUUGUUCACUGAUUGAACAUUCUUCAGCUCAGUGCAAAUUCAGAACUGAUACUUUAGCGAGUUACAAAAAGAAAUUGAGAUUAAUUUUUGACAGCUUAAGAGAAUUUGAGUAUAUUGGGACCAAAGCUUGUAUCCACAAGGAUGAUCUACUUAUCUUGAAUCAUAUUUUGGUUAUCACGUCUGCAAUCGUAAAUAGUUGAAUGCUCACAGUAUCAACUAAUGAGAGGUUCAAAAUAUUUUCAAUCUUAAUGUUCGGGAAAAUUGACAAUCAUCAGAGGUACCUAACGAAAUGUUUGAUUCGUUAUAGCCUAGUUUUGUUUUUGAUUUUACUGUAAGCGUAUAAGGGGAUUCAUUGGAAUAGUAUAACAGUAAUAUUUUUUUCAGUUUGUGAAAUUACUUCAUAAGUUCGUGAUUCUCCGUUCUGGUCGAUAAAAAAUUUAACGAUAGCAUUUUUAAACUUGAUAAUUCAGAAUUAUAAAAUUCGAUUUUGUAAAUUAAAAAUUUUAGAACUUUAAACAAUCCUUCAUUUUACUAUUUUGAUGUUUAGGCACAUAUUCGAGAUAUUACAAGCGCGAAAUGUAUUAUGAAUUUAUUGAUAACAUUGUAAAUACUGUAUAUAUUAUUGUACAGAAUCUAGUUUUAUAUCAACGAUGGCUAAAUAUAAAGUAAUCCACCAUUCAUAACAAAUAUAUUCUGUUUUAAUUUAAGACCUCUAAAGAGUAAAUUAUUGAAAUAAUAUUUUAGAUUCUACGCUAUAAGCAUUUUUAAGUCUCCGAAGUACGAUUCCAGUACUCUCUACCAUUUAAAAACCUUCCAGAUUCUUCUCAAGAAGUUCAGAACAAUGUGUUAGAAUAUACCCUGUAAAAGACAAGAAUAGUGUAAAUUUUCUAAGUAUAAUAUUUAUAAUACAACUACAACAUUUUGUAUAUGUUAUAUAUGAUAUAUUCUGUAGUUCCAGAAUUUUCAGAGUAAUUUUCAGAAAUAAGGAGUAUUAUAGAAAAUUUAAGAAUAUUUCACAGCUUUCUAGAAGAUUCUAAAAUUAUCUAA